AAAUAAAAACUCUCUUCCCAUAAAAAAAAAAACAAAUAAAAUCAUAAGAGAAAAAGCGUCAGCAACAGUACCCAUAAUAAAAGCUGAAAAGAAGAAAACAAGAUCCACCUCGAACCUCUCUCCACUCUCCUCCUCCUCAUCAUCGUUCCUCCCCCUCCUCGAAUUCCCAUUUCCACUCCAUCCCGCCGCCGCGGCCACCGCCACAGUCGCGCAUCCUUCCGUCCAAAUCAAAUUUUGGAUAGAGAAAGUGAUAAUAUUUUUUGGCAAAAUUAGAAACAAAAAUUCCAUCACGCACACUUGUUAUUGGUUGAAUUUUGCCCAUAUCCCAUAAAUCUAUUUUUGUUUCCACUUUUAGACCCAAAGAAGAGAAAGAAUAAGGGAAGUAGAGAGUCGGGUUUUUGGUCAAAUUUGGGGAAAUGAGGGAGGAUGAUUCUAAUUGGUUUUCAAGGUGGGAAGAAGAGCUUCCAUCGCCUGAAGAGCUUAUGCCUUUAUCUCAAACCCUAAUUACUCCUGAUCUUGCUCUUGCUUUUGAUAUUCGAAAUCCUACCAAUACAACCGUCAAUAAUACCUCACUUCAACAAAAUCCGCCGCCGCCUCCGCCACCACCGCCGCCUACUUCCACCACCCCUUCCCCGUUGCCUCCUUCACAGCCUAAUUCUGCUGAAUAUGCUGCCGAUUCUGCUGACUUGGGCUCCGGGGCCGCUGGUGAUGAGCCCGCAAGAACCCUUAAGCGGCCUCGCCUUGUUUGGACCCCUCAACUGCACAAGAGAUUUGUUGACGCUGUUGCUCAUUUGGGGAUCAAAAAUGCUGUCCCGAAGACUAUAAUGCAGCUUAUGAGUGUUGAUGGGUUAACUAGAGAGAACGUAGCUAGUCAUUUGCAGAAGUAUCGGUUAUAUCUUAAAAGGAUGCAGGGGUUGUCUUCUGGUGGUGCUGGUGGCGUUAAUGGUACCGGUGCUGGUGCGGGUGCUGGGUUGACUGCAGGCGAUGCUGCAACUGAACAUUUGUUUGCCAGUUCUCCCGUGCCUCCGCAUUUCUUGCAUCCAGGAAGGCCUAAUUCGGAUCAUUUUCUGCCGUAUGUGCCAGUGGCAGCGCUGCAACACCACCACCACCAGCAGCAAAUGGCAGCAGCAGCCGCGGCAGUGGCACAUCCCCAGUUGCAGAAUCAGUACCAUAGGCAGAUGGGGCACUUUGGAUCGCCUCAAAAUGGGCAGUUUGAGCAUCCCUUUCUGGCUAGGCAGGCACAACAGCCUGUCCACAGGAUGGGGGCGCCAGUACAGAAUACAGUUCCAGGGUAUGUGGAGGAUUUGGAGUCAGCCAAUGGGAGUGGAGGGAGGAAAGUUCUCACUCUGUUUCCUACAGGGGAUGAUUGAAUUUGGGUAAUUGUUGACUCCUUAAUUAAUCUUUCUUUUUUCUUCUUCUUUCAUUAAGCUACUGGGUCCUUGUUAAAUUGGUGUUUACUGGUAGUUCUGUUAGAUUUUAAUUUAGGGUAUUGAUUGUGAUGGCUAUGUUAGUUGUUGUUGUUGUUGGUGGUAAUUCUCAAGGUAGAAUUCGGUCUUGGCCUUCCAUCUCCAGAUCCAGAAAUUUCUGUUCUUGCUGUUGGUUAUACUUUUGAGUGAUUGGAAAUUGAUGGAUAGUGUCAUUAAUGGUGUUCUUCAAUUUCUACGGGCUUCUACUCAUGUAAUUAAGUUGUUGGUAGCAGUCUGUAUUUCCAUGUCAGCUUCUUCUGAUGGAUGUUUGAUCGUGAGGUCAUUAUGGGCAGCCACAAUGUGUCUUAGCUUGUCCAUGGAAGCUGUUCUUAUCAGUACUGUGGUAUUGGGUUAAUCUGGAUUUUGUAGAGGGUUUGCUUUGUCCCAGCAUAUUUUGGGAACCGGCUCAGUCUUCUUACAAUUUAAGCCUUCUUUUCAAGGUGGUGGUUUGAUUGUCAAUGUUGCAGAUGGGCAAUUGGAAUGCAAUUAUCUGAAUUUGUGCUUGCAGAUGAGGAUAAAUAAUGUUGGCAAGUGCAGUAUAUGUUCUAUAGGAUCUAAUUAUGGGGUUGGUACCAUUGGUUGACACAUUUGGCACUGAAUUUCUCAGCACAGUCCAAAAAUUCCAUAUGUAUUUGAGUCUCUUCUGUUUAUUAGCCUAAUGUUAUGUAGAGGUGAGUUGUACUUGUUGUACAUUGUGUGACUUAAUAGAAAACUAAAAUGCAACUCGAGGGGUUAAACCUCCUGAUGUUACUAGGCUGUUGAAUUUAAUUUAAUGCUCCAUGAACGUUUAAGUAGCUGAAUUUCAAGGUACUUCUGAAA